AUGAAUAUUGUACACAUCGGUUGGUACGUAGAUGCUCUCCCGAAAAUCACCUACGUAGCCAAAGACGGAACUGGUGAAUUUUCUAUCAUUGGAGAAGCUAUCAACGCGAUUCCCAACUACGUUAAAUUCCGAACGUAUAUAAAAAUCAAACCUGGGAUUUACAUGGAAAAUAUUGUUGUUCCGAAAAGCAAAACUCGUCUGACGCUUCUAGGAUCUGGAAUCUACAAGACCAUUGUCUCGGGCAGCAGGAGCAACAAAACUGGCUUUGCGACGGAUAAAACUCCUACGGCAGAUAUCAUCGGUGACGGAUUUGUUGCCAAGCAAAUCACUUUUGAAAACACUGCUGGCCCGUCAAACAACCAAGCUGUCGCACUGAAAAGCGAAGCCGAAUUUUCUGCUUUCUAUCGGUGUAGGUUUCUCGGAUUUCAAGACACUUUAUAUGCGAAAUCAGGGAAGCAAUUCUACCGAGAAUGUGAAAUUCACGGUACCGUGGACUUCAUUAUGGGAAACGCAGCUGUGGUUUUCCAAAAUUGUGAAAUUUUGGUUGGGAGAUCUCUUCCGGGAAAACCAAAUGUGAUUACUGCCCAAGAUAGAGAUCAUCCAACUAGCCUUACAGGAACAGUCUUCCACAAUUGCACUUUCAAAGCGUCACGCGAAUUGCAACCGGUUCUAACAUCUUUCAAGACAUAUUUGGGACGGCCAUGGAAAGUGUACUCUAGGGUGGUAAUCAUGCAGUCCUAUAUUGAUAAUCUUAUCGAUCCCAAGGGUUGGUUGGCGUGGGAUCCAACUAGCCGAUUAGAUAAGUUGUACUAUGGUGAAUAUGGUAACAAAGGCCCGGGUGCAGUUACCACGGGUAGAGUUACUUGGCCAGGUCGCAUACUACUCAAUACAACAACUCAAGCCUCUCCUUUCACUGUACGAAAUUUUAUCCAAGGCCACACAUGGAUUCCCGACCAUGUUCCUUAUCAUCUAGAUUUAAUAUAG